UUUAUUAGUUUGGUACAAACAAGGUACACCAAGGGCGGAAAUGGUGCGGUUUAAAAUACAUAGCUUGAAUAAUCUUGUGUAAAAGAGCUACCAAAAGUAGACAAGUUGUAGACAUCUGGUCUUGUUUACUAAGACAAAUGCUGUAUAAUACUCGCGUUUUUAUUUAUUUAUUUUCGGACCAUUUGUGCGCGUCUUCAGUUGGACAGUGCGUACCCUUACCAUGGGAAAAACUAAGACAAUGAAUUAGUGAAGCUGUGGCAAAAGGAUUCUACUUAUAAAACCACCUUAAUUGACGAACAAGGACGACGUCUUAAAUUUCUGCCAAAAGCAUAAAUCUUUGUCAUUAAUUUUAACUUACGUGCUUAACAACGUUGGACAUACUGCAACAUACAACGGAAAAAAACAACCAAAAACAAAUACGAAUGGAAUCAUAGGCAAAUUCGAUUAAAAUAUAUUUUUAAAAUGAAUUGCUGUGGGUGGUCGUGCGUUAUUUCCUUGAUGCUGGUUGUUUUCCGAAGUCCAUCGGCAAAUGCCUGUCCGCAAGGAGAGGAUAUAAUCAACGUGGUGCUUUUGGACGACAACGUCUCUCAGUGGAGUCUGGAUUUUGUGAAAAAUGCAGUGAAUGAGGCAAUUAUUCAUGACAACGAACUCAAUGUUGCAGCAGGUGUGGGAUUUAAUAUGACGGCCAGUUACGAUGGCUACAAAACCAACCAGUACCAACGGAAAGGCUGCGGGAGCAGCACCUGUGAAGGUGUUGAGUUGCUGAAGACUCUGACUAGAGAGGACAGGACUGGCUGCGUUCUGCUGGGGCCCACCUGCACCUAUGCCACUUUCCAGAUGGUGGACACGGAAGUUGGGCUGAUUAUGGGCCUGCCCAUUGUCUCGGCCGGGAGCUUCGGGUUGUCCUGCGACUUCAAGGACAACCUGACCCGCCUGCUCCCCCCAGCCCGGAAAAUCUCCAGCUUUUUCCUCGAUUUCUGGAACUAUUCCGAGUUCCUCAAGGCGAAGUGGACCACGGCGUACGUCUACAAGAAGCCAGAACAAACGGAGGACUGCUUCUGGUACAUCAACGCCCUGGAGGCGAGAUCGGCCGAAUUUUCCUCAAACGUAGCGAGGCAUGUCCUGCAGAGGCCGGAGGACCUGCGUUCAGAAAUCAACAACAAACAGAGAAAAAGCAACGUGUUCAUUCUCUGUGGGGGCCCAGGAGACAUCGCCAAUCUGACGAAGGACAUCGAUCGAAAACUGCACCCUGAAGUCAUCUUCAUUCUGAUCGACCUUUACAGCCCUGCCUAUCACCACAACACCACAUCCAUCCCUCCCAUGGAGAAUGUCCUGGUGCUCACUAUGCCCAAGAGGAACUUCACAAAUCAAAUUGACCCCUCUACCAAUGAAACGGUGAUGACCGACUACAUGGCGGCGUACGGCGAUGGGGUGCUUCUGGUCGGCCAGGUGAUUCGCCGGCUGUGGGAGGAGAACCCUGGGCGCAAACAGUUUUCCAUUAACAUGGAGGACUUCAGGAACCUCUCCUUCACCGGUUUGGGCGGGCACUAUGUCCUGGACGAGUAUGGCGACAGGGACGUGAAUUUCUCCGUGAUGUACACCACCAAGGGCAUGGAGUAUAAGACCCUGUUUGAGUUCGACACGGCCACCGGCCUGAUCUCGGUCAAAGACGACAGGCCGGACUUUUUCUGGCCCAACUACCUCCUGCCAGAUGACAUCCUCGUGCAAAGCGUUCACCUGCAGAUUCAUAACAUCAUAGUCAUUGUGCUGGCCAUCGCGGUCGUGGUGGUGGCUAUAAUCGCUUUCAUCUUCUACAGGCAGAACAGGAAGGACCGUCGGAGACGGGAGCAGUGGUCUCACAUACACCCUGAGAUGAUCAGCACCGUGGAGCCCAACGAGCAGAGCUUUGUGUCCCUGAAGAUAGAGGAGGACCACAGGAAAAGCAAGAACGACCGAAUCCGCCGUGGGCGCUACGACAAAAAGAUUGUGAUUCUGAAGGAGCUGAAGCAUUCAGACGGCUACUUCAGCAAAGGCCAGAGAAUAGAGCUGAACUCUCUCCUGGCAAUCGAUUACUAUAACCUGACCAAGUUCUACGGCACGGUCAAAUUUGAGCACGAAGUGUUUGGAGUGUUUGAGUAUGGAGAGAGGGGGUCCCUCAGGUAUGUGCUUAAUGACAAGGUCUCCUACCCGGAGGAAACCUUCAUGGACUGGGAGUUCAAGAUCUUUGUCAUGUAUGACAUUGCCAAGGGCAUGUCCUACCUCCACUCCAGCAACAUCCAAGUCCACGGCCGUCUGAAAUCCACCAACUGCGUGGUGGACAACCGCAUGGUGGUCAAGAUCACCGACUUCGGCUGCAACACCAUCCUGCGUCCGGGCAAAGACCUGUGGACGGCGCCGGAGCACCUGCGGAAGGAGGGCAUCUCUCAGAAGGGGGACGUGUACAGCUUCGCCAUCAUCUGCCAGGAGAUCAUCCAGAGGAGGAGCCCCUUCUACACGAAGGCCUGCUCCGACCGGGAGGAGAAGCUGUAUCGAGUCCAGUACCCGGACUCUCCCACCUCUUUCUUCAGGCCGGACCUGAACUUUGAGAACGCUGGAGACAGGCUGGAGGUGUACACGCUCAUAAAAAGCUGCUGGGACGAGGACCCGGAGAGGAGGCCCGACUUCAAGAAAAUAGAAGGCUGCCUGGGCAAGAUCUUCAGUAACCUGGGCGACCAGGCCAACGAGAGCUACAUGGACAACCUGAUUCGCCGCCUGCAGAUUUACUCGCGCAACCUGGAGCACCUGGUGGAGCAGCGGACCGCCCUGUACAAGGCGGAGAGGGACAGGGCCGACCAGCUCAACUUCAUGCUGCUGCCUGGGCCAGUGGUACGCUCCCUGAAGGAGACGGGGAGCGUGGAGCCUGAGCUUUUCGACGAGGUGACCAUCUACUUCAGCGACAUCGUGGGCUUCACCACCGUCUGCCAGUACAGCACGCCUAUGGAGGUGGUGGACAUGCUGAAUGACAUCUACAAGAACUUCGACAGGAUCCUCGACAACCACGAUGUUUACAAGGUGGAGACGAUUGGCGACGCCUACAUGGUGGUGUCGGGGCUCCCGCGCCGGAACGGGAACAGGCACGCGGUGGACAUCUGCCGCAUGGCGCUGGACAUCGUGGCCUUCAUGGGCACCUUCGAGCUGCAGCACCUGCCGGGGCUGCCCGUGUGGAUCCGCAUCGGAGUGCACUCUGGUCCCUGUGCAGCGGGAGUGGUGGGGAGCAAGAUGCCUCGGUACUGCCUGUUUGGAGACACGGUGAACACUGCCUCACGCAUGGAGUCCACAGGCCUGCCGCUGCGGAUCCACGUCUCUCAGCCCACCGUCAGCAUCCUCCAGAGGACGGACUGCAAGUUUGAGUACGAGAGGCGAGGGGAGACCUACCUGAAGGGAAAAGGCACAGAGAUCACCUACUGGUUGACUGGAGUCACGGGGCAGGAUUACAACUUGCCGACGCCCCCAACAGCUGAGGACUUUCAGCACCUGCAGCUGGCAGAGAUGAUCCUGGCCAUUCUGGAGAAGCGCUCGCCGGGCACCAAUGGCAUGGAGAAGAGGAAGACCCUUUCGACUCGUCAGAAGAAGAGGGAGAAGGACGGGCACAUGGGAGAUUUUCAGCCAGAGUACCUGCACCUGGCCACCGUAGACAACCUCAGCACAUACCUGUAACUGCUAGUGUAGGCCACUGACCUCGCCCGAUGCCCCCAGACAGGCUACCAAGCUCAUACCUGUACCUAAUCCCACAGAUAGUCAGCCUUAACACAUACCUGUAGCUAAUCCCACAGACAGCCAGCUUUAGCACAUACCUGUAGCUAAUCCCACAGACAGCCAGCCUUAGCACAUACCUGUAGCUAAUCCCACAGACA